AUGCUCUCAGCAGUCGAGGCGAUGCCGGCGAACUCUGAAGAUGAAGAUUCUGACUGGCAACGUCACCUUCAGGAUUGGUCGUAUCCGCCAAGCCCUGCCCAGCCCCUGGCAUCUCAUCAAUAUAGCAGCGGCUCAAUCCACUUUUCCGAAAUCACUGACGCGCAUGGUGCGAGCCAUAACAAUGAAGCACCCGCGAGCAUCCACCACGAUCUUGGUUCGACACAAAGCUCCUUUCAAUGGCAAGGGUCUCCGUCUUCGUCUGGACAGGCACAAUCUUGGAGGGGACCAGCCACUUCUUCGCCGUCCACGCCUCACAACCUCGUCCAUUCGCCUCAAGAGAUUAGUCAAGCGGACCUGGACUUUCUCCAUCGAAUUCUCUCUGAGACAGAAGACAGAAUUGAACCGUCCGGCGACUCUCAGCAACCAAGCAAUGUGGGCAUCAUAGCAUCACGCUCAAGCCAGGAUCAGCGACAGCGUCCGCGCAGAUCUAGGAUGAACUCGCUCCCAAUUCGAGCAUCCGUCAAAGACACAACAGGCUACUUCACGAGCGGUCCAACUCCGAAACGGAAGACCCUCCGUAGGUGGCCCGAACCCGAGUUCCUAAAUCGCAUCUCCUAUCAGCCGGGAACUCGCUUCGAUGGUGGUCAACUGGGGAAUCUUGUUAUGGACGCCAAAAGUGGCCUUGUUAGCGAUCUAAGUUCGCGACUUUUCGCUGGAAAAUUGCACGUAGUCGACGAUCCUGUUCUCAACUACUUGCGCGCCGAUCUCUUCUACAAGAAGUGGCCGAUCGAAAGGCCCAGCCGUCGUCUCCCUCUUGUGACCACCACUGCUGCCGACGGUACCAAGUUGAGGAUUCACAUGACCUUGCAUAAUAGCUCCACCUCUAGCAAAUAUCUGAAAGGCACGGUACUGCAGGACAGACCUUACUACAUGGUGUACGGCGUGCCGGAGUUACUGAGGGCAAAGGAUAAUCCGAUUGUAUAUUACGGUGCUGGUUAUCUUGAUCCCGAAGACAACUCUGAGGUGGAUAGUCAUUUCUCUUCUGUCCUGGCUAAGGAAGCAGGAGAAAUUCAUCUGUAG